AUGUCGUCUACAGAUGAGGGGAAAAUACCAAUUAUAGAUAUCUCAGGCUCCGUACCUGAAGCAGAAGUUGCCAAACAACUUGUGGAUGCUGCAGCAACCUUUGGCUUCGUUUACAUAAGAAAUCUGGGGAAAGAUAUCCCUGUCGAUGCUAUUGACAGAACCUUUGAAUUGUCUCGAAAGUUCUUCUCAUCUCCAAUAGAAGAGAAACAACCAUGUAAAAUCACGGAUAAUAUUGACCCUGGGGCUGGUGGUUCCACAUGGUUCUCCUCUCGACACCGAGGCGGCCCAACAGGAUGCAUUCUUCGACUUCUCUACUAUCCUUCCUUACCACCAAACUCUGACUACCAACCCGAUGUUGAUAUCCGAGCUGGUGCCCAUUCGGACUAUGGAUCUAUUACUCUUUUGUUUCAACGACCUUCACAACCCGGUCUCGAGAUCCUCCCUCCGUCUUCUUCAUCGGAGCCAAAAUGGACUCCAGUCCCCAUCCAACCACCCCCAACCGAAUCUGACCCCUCUCCCCCAAUCCUCGUAAACAUAGGCGACCUCCUCUCCCACUGGACCAACAACCUCCUCGUCUCCACGAUCCACCGAGUUAUCUUCCCCAAAUCCACUUCCAAAACUACUUCCAAAUCUACUCUCCCCCCAGAAACAGCAGAUCGCUACAGCAUAGCCUAUUUCUGCCAUCCGGUCGGCACCACCAUCUUAGAAAGCGUCCCUAGCAAGCGCGUACGAGAAUUCGGAGAAGCAAAUGGAGAAAUCGAACGGAAAAAUGGAGAGAGGAUUACAGCCGAUGAACAUUUGAUGGGGAGGUUGAGGGCUACGUAUGCGGGGUUGUAUGAGAAGGGAGGGAAAGAGUAG